UAACAAAGUCGCCGCGUUGAGUUGUAUUCUUGCGUUUGUUUCUUCUUCUUCUUCUUCCCUCUCUUCUUUCACCGACCCUUUAUCUUUAUCUGGGUCGGCGAUGAAAAUUUAGAGCGUGUCAUAGCUCUUGCUAUUGCUUCAUUUCAUUCAUUUUUCUCUUCUCUUUGUUUUCUUCUUGUUGCUUUCAAUUCAAGCAAGCUACGAUCAUUGGAAUAUGGAUCACACAAGAGGAGGGUUGUUGUUGUUGUUGCUUGCUGUAUUGGGAUUGCUGCACGUUGCCAAUGCUAAUUUGGUCCUCCCUGUUGAACGAAAAUUUAAAGGGCCGUUUCAGAAUUUAGGUGCCAUUAAAGCUCAUGAUGCUCAUCGCCGAGGUAGAUUUCUCUCUGCUGUUGAUGUUCCCCUUGGUGGUAAUGGCCGUCCUGCUUCAACUGGGCUAUAUUAUACCAAAAUUGGGCUCGGCACUCCGGCAAAGAACUACUAUGUGCAAGUUGAUACAGGAAGUGACAUUCUAUGGGUGAAUUGUGUUGCCUGCAAACAAUGCCCCACAAAAAGUACUCUUGGGAUGGAUUUGACCCUCUUUGAUCCAAACGCCUCUCAAACUUCAAAGAUUGUUCCUUGUGAUGAUAACUUUUGCACUUCCACAUAUGAAGGUGAAAUUGAUGGUUGCAACAAAGAGAUGGCCUGCCCGUACAGCAUAACUUAUGGAGAUGGAAGUACAACCACUGGGACCUAUGUGAAGGAUCUUCUUACUUUUAACAAACUUAGUGGUAAUAACCAAACUGCACCAGAAACUAGCAGUGUGGUUUUCGGGUGUGGUCAAAAACAAUCUGGGACAUUGAGUUCAUCUCAACAAGAAGCCCUGGAUGGAAUAAUUGGUUUUGGACAAUCAAAUUCUUCUGUGCUUUCACAACUUGCUGCAUCUGGAAAGGUGAAAAAAAUAUUUUCACACUGCCUUGACAGUAUAAAUGGAGGAGGGAUAUUUGCUAUAGGGGAAGUGGUGCAGCCAAAAUUUAAUACAACAUCUUUGGUACCAAGAAUGGCACACUAUAACGUGGUUUUGAAGGAUAUGGAGGUUGGUGGGGAUGUUAUUCAGCUCCCCACAGAUUUCUUUGGCACUGGAAAUGGGAGAGGAACAAUUAUAGAUAGUGGUACAACCUUGGCUUAUCUUCCAGCCAUGGUUUAUGACCAGCUAGUGCCGAAGAUUUUGGGUCAGCAGGCUGGACUGAAAUUAUAUCUUGUUGAGGACCAAUUUACUUGUUUCCAUUUCAGUGGCAAACUUGAUGCUGGAUUUCCAGCUGUCAAGUUUCACUUUGAGGGGCUUUCUCUAAUAGCUCAACCUCACGACUACCUCUUCCAGUUUCAAGGAGACAUGUAUUGUAUUGGCUGGCAGAAAAGUACGGCGCAAACCAAGGAUGGACAGGAACUGAUUCUUCUUGGAGAUUUGGUGCUGUCAAACAAAAUAGUCGUGUAUGAUCUUGAAAAUAUGACCAUUGGAUGGACUGAUUACGAUUGCUCUUCCAGCAUCAAAGUGAAGGAUGAAACGACUAAAUCUGUAUAUACAGUGGGUGCUCAAGACAUUUCUUCUGGUUCCACCGGAUUAACUGGAAGCAUAUUGACGUUCUGUUUGUUGAUUAUUGCCAUUAUAAACAUUUAAUGGACAAGUUCUUUUGUAUAUGAGCAAUGGAAAUAACUUCAUUUUGUUAUAUAAUUCUUUGAUGUUCUUUUCAAUAACUUUUUUGUUUCACUUGUAAAAUGAGGAAGAUGUAUGAGUAAUUUUGCAAUGGAUGCAAUGUCAUUUGAAAACAAGUGUAAUAGGAAAACUAUGGAUUUUAGGAUUUAUAGCACCUGUGAAUGGACGGGCAGAAGUGUGAACAAUCCAUUGAAUACAGUGUUUUUUUAUUUAUGGAGUAUUGAAAAAUUAGAAUCAUUGA